GUCCGUCCCGCCGCGCUCGGGCCCGGGGCAGCGGGACCGGGACCGGGCCGGGCCAUGGCCCCGCACCCGCCCAGCGCCGGGCACUACCUGCGCUCCGACAGCGGCGGCUCCGACACGCCUAUGCUGGCCGAGGCUCCCGCUCCCGCUCCCGGUGACUGUCCCGGUGCCGGUGCCGGUCCGGACGGCGGCCCCGGUGCGGCGCGGGGGCAGCGGCGGCGGCGGUGCGGGCCGCUGUGGGGCAGCGUGGCCUUCAUGGCCAUCUUGGCCCUGCAGAUCGCCUCCACCACCGUCCUCUUCGUCUACUUCAGCAUGGCCAUCUCCAAGCUGAAAUCCCAGGCUCCGGGCAGCGCGGAGGAGCUGCGCUGUCUGCAGGCGCUCAAUCAGCAGCCCGAGGGCUCCAGCCUGGAGGAGCUGAGCAGCAGCCAGGGCUGCCUCAGGCUGGCCAGCACCAUCAAAGCCUACGUGGCCACGGUGACGGAGAGCAUCAUCCGCAGGAGCGCGGUGAAGGAGGCCUGGCGGAGCUAUUUCAACACCUCAGAGGGGCAGCCUCCUCCCAAAAUAGCCGGGAAACCCUCGGCACAUCUCACCCUCCGCCCACAGAGCCUGGCUCAGGAUGGACGCUCCCAGCGCUUCGGGAACCUGUCGCAGUCGUGCCGCCACGCCAUCACGCACUGGGGGCCCAGCAGCCUGCAGUCCCACGUGCAGAACAUGACGUACCGGGCGGGGCGGCUGCGGGUGGAGCAGCCGGGCAAGUACUACGUGUACUCCCAGAUCUAUUUCCGCUACCGCGGCGCCGGCGCCUCGGGCCCGCAGCUCGUGCAGUGCAUCCAGUGGCAGCCGGCCCACAGCCCGCCCGUGCUGCUGCUCAAGGGCGUGGGCACCAAGUGCUGGGCGCCCGAGGCCGACUACGGGCUCCACGCGCUCUACCAGGGGGGACUCUUCGAGCUCCAGGCCGGUGAUGAGCUCUUCGUCUCCGUCUCCUCCUUGGCCAUCGACUACAACGAUGCAGCAGCCAGCUACUUCGGGGCCUUCCGGCUCGACCUGUGACCCCCUCCGCUCCCACCUGUCCCACGUGGCCCCUGCAUAUGGCCAGUGGCCCGGGGGUGGCACAGGGUCCUUCUUGCUGGGUGUUGUCUCUCGUGGUGAGGGAUGAGCCAAGAAGGGCACCAGGGUGGCUGCCCACGGGGACCUGCUGUGCUCGGUGCCACCUCCAGGUGGGAGGAAGCCGGUGACCCAGGAAGGGUGUCCAAGGACCUACAGGGGACGUGCACGAUGGGGGACAUCACAGCCCUGGUGACCCAGCACCUCCCAACGGCUCCCUGCAGCAGGAAAGGCACCAGGGCCACAUCUGCCAGACAAAGUGUCCCCAUGGCAGGAUGACACCCACGGGUCUGACCCCACCUUGGGCAGGGCUGGGAGUGCCAGGGACCCGGGGCUGGAGGCACCCCCAGGGCACAGGACUGGCACCCCUGGGGCACAUCUUGGGGACGGGGCAGGUCCAGUGUUGGUCUCUGGAAAGGAACGAAGGAGUUUCAGUCUGGGAGAUCAAAGCCUGGAGAACACCAGCAAUGGCUCCAGGGAGGGCAAAGGGCAGGACCUUGACACCGGAGCAGUCCUGGCACCACACCCGGCACGUGGCACUGGGGCACGUGGUGACCGAGCCAGGCUGUGCAGGACCAGGACCUCGGCACAGCUGCUGACCAAGCACCUCUCCCCGUGGGGAUUUGCUCCCCCCAGCCCUCAUGGACCAGCACAGCCCCCACUUCCUCACAUCUCCUGCCCUGGCAAUCCCUGCAGGAUUCCAGCUCUGGGUGAGCCCGGUGGUCACAGCAGGACCUUGGGGGAACCAAACCAGCCCCAGGGUGAUGGAGCCACCCCAGAGGCCAAAGGUGGGUUUGGGCAGGGCAGAGCAGGGCCCAGCUGGCUCAGCCCGUGGACACUGGGGGGGCACAGCCCCCUUUUCUAACCGCCCCUGUACUCUCUGUAUCCGACUAAGACUGUGGGGAUUCAUGGACAGUGGCAGCGUGGGCUGCCACAAGCGCGGGGCUCCCAGGAAGGACAGAAUAAAGCCUUGUACUCCA